AUGGUUCGAACGAGGCGGUCCCUAGCCGCGGCUGACGGCACUGCCGUAGCACCUCCGCAGCCUCGCCCCUUGGAUCCCGCUAAGCGGCCCAAAGGCCAGAGCAGCAGGUCAAGUGUGACGUCCGACUCACCGACUGUCUUUACCUCCGCCACCCCUUCCCUUCUUAGCGGAGUUACGACCCCUCUGACUAGCAAUUCCGAGAUGGCGACCCCAAAGGAGCCUCUGCAGCAGCCUUCGGGCCAGCGAGUCAAUAGGAUUGAAGUGGUACUCCCAUCUACGAAGAUACCACUGCAUCGAAACCGCGACAAUAGUCUUUUGGCCAUGGGCACGAAGCGGAAACGCUCCGUGGUUCAGGAUAGCGAGGAAGAAUUCUCGGACAGUUCCCCGGAUGCGGCCAUGGCUCGGAAACUACAGGCGGAAGAGUAUGCCCCCGCCGAAAACGUUGACAAGCCUUCUGUUUCUGAAUCUGGCCCCUCAACUCGACGUCGCGCCGCUGCUCCGCCUGCCGCUCGUCCAUCGCGACCCGCUAGCUCUUCUAAGAUCCGAAACAAAAGACGGGCCGUCGCCGUACCAGAUUCCGAAGGCGAACAAAGCGAUCUUCAGCAACCCUCAGAUGAGGAUGAGAGUGACGAUGAGCCUUUGCGGAGAUCGCGGGCCACUGUCAGAAAAGCUUCUACGACCAAACCUGGGGCACCACCCGCCCAAGCACGAGGAUCGCACAAUAAGAAGCCCCAGGAGGAUGCGGCACUCCCCGACAGUGAUGAUCUGUCAGAUGAUGACGCCAGUGUUAGCGCCUUUGGGUCCGACUACCUGAUCUCGGACAGUGAUCUUUCCGACGCUGGGGACGAUGGCCGUGCCGAUCCUGACGCUGGCGGAGCCCCCGACGGCAACCUCGUGGACAACGACAACGGCAACAAUGAUGACCAUUUAGCCGCACUAGACACGGCCUUUCAGGCCGCGAUGGCCCACCGCCGCGGCCUCCGAGACGCGAUGACCCAGCGCCGCGCCUACCGCGCCCAGGCUGACCAGCGUCGUGUCAAGAUCAGCCGGAUUCGCUUAGAAACGCACCACCCAGAACUUACCACUAUGUGGAAGGAACUAGAAGACAUGCCUGUUUUGAAAGCUGGCAAAGCAAAUCAACCAAAAUCCAUCUCUCGCCACCUUAAGCCCUUUCAGCUUGAGGGCUUAGCUUGGAUGAUGGCGAUGGAGAAGACAAAGUGGAAGGGCGGCCUGCUCGGCGAUGAGAUGGGCCUCGGCAAGACUAUUCAGGCCGUCUCCCUCAUCAUGUCUGACUUUCCGGCCAAAAAGCCCUCGCUAGUAUUAGUUCCUCCCGUCGCCUUGAUGCAGUGGAUGACGGAAAUCGAGUCCUACACGGACGGAACUCUGAAGACGCUCGUCCUCCACGGAACCAACUCCAAAUCGAAAAACCUCACGGCUAAAGACAUCAAGAAGUACAAUGUCAUCAUCAUGUCUUACAACAGCCUAGAGUCGAUGUACCGCAAGCAGGAGAAGGGCUUCAAGCGCAAGGGCGGCCUAUUCAAAGAAAAGUCAAUCAUCCACCAAACCAGCUUCCACCGUGUGAUUCUCGACGAGGCUCACUGCAUCAAAACGAGAACGACCAUGACAGCCAAGGCCUGUUUUGCCCUCAAGGUCACCUACCGCUGGUGCCUAUCUGGCACCCCUCUCCAAAACCGCAUCGGCGAGUUUUUCUCCCUGAUUCGCUUCCUCAACAUCCGCCCUUUUGCCUGCUACUUGUGCAAGCAGUGCCCUUGCUCCACACUGGAGUGGCAGAUGGACGACGACAACAGAUGCACAGGUUGUGGCCACGGUGGCAUGCGCCAUGUAUCCGUUUUCAACCAAGAAUUGCUCAACCCCAUUCAAAAGUUUGGCAAUCGGGGCGUUGGCGCCGCGGCCUUCCAGAAACUGCGUAUUAUGACGGAUCGAAUCAUGCUUCGCCGUCUCAAGAAAGACCACACGGAUUCAAUGGAGCUUCCAGUGAAGGAGAUUAACGUGGAGCGCCAGUUUUUUGGCGAAGAGGAGAACGAUUUUGCCAACAGUAUCAUGACGAAUGGUCAACGCAAGUUCGAUACUUACGUCGCCAGCGGCGUCCUCCUCAACAACUACGCCAACAUCUUUGGUCUCAUUAUGCAGAUGCGCCAGGUAGCUGAUCACCCAGACCUGAUCCUGAAGAAGAACAGCGAGGGCGGUCAAAACAUACUCGUGUGCAGCAUUUGCGACGAGCCAGCCGAGGACGCGAUCCGGUCCCAAUGCAAACACGACUUCUGCCGUAUGUGCGUCAAGAGCUACCUGAACUCGACGACAGAGCCGAACUGUCCGCAGUGUCACAUCCCACUGUCCAUUGACCUCGAGCAGCCUGAGAUGGAGCAGGACGAGGUCCAGGUCAAAAAAUCGUCUAUCAUCAACCGGAUUAAAAUGGAGGAUUGGACGUCGUCCUCCAAGAUCGAGCUACUCGUGCACGAGCUCCACAAGCUCCGCUCCGACAAUUCGUCACACAAGUCCAUCAUCUUCUCCCAGUUCACGACCAUGCUGCAGCUGAUCGAGUGGCGUCUGCGUCGUGCCGGUAUCACAACUGUGAUGCUUGAUGGCAGCAUGACCCCUGCUCAACGGCAGGCGUCGAUUCAGUAUUUCAUGACCAAUGUCGACGUCGAGGUCUUUCUAGUUUCACUCAAGGCUGGCGGCGUAGCACUGAAUCUUACCGAGGCUUCUCGGGUUUUCAUCGUCGACCCCUGGUGGAAUCCUGCGGCUGAAUGGCAGUCUGCUGACCGGUGCCAUCGUAUUGGGCAAACCCGUCCAUGCACCAUCACCCGCCUGUGUAUUGAGGACUCCGUUGAGAGCCGUAUGGUCCUCUUACAAGAGAAGAAGACAAACAUGAUCAACUCUACCAUCAAUGCUGAUGAUGCGGCGAUGGACUCGCUCAGCCCGGAGGAUCUGCAGUUCCUCUUCCGCGGCAGCUGA